AUGCUAUCCCCUCAGAGGGCUUUACUCUGCAACCUCAACCACAUCCACCUCCAGCACGUCUCCCUGGGCCUGCACUUGUCCCGUCGUCCCGAGUUAAGGGAGGGGCCCUUGAGCACACCACCUCCCCCAGGGGACACAGGGGGCAAAGAAAGCAGAGUCCCCUGUAGUGGGACCAUAGUGGACGCCAAUUCCAACAGCCCUGCCGUACCCUGCCGUUGCUGCCAAAAGCACGGGUCUGGCCUAGAAAACCUAGAAAACCGGCAGGACCCCUCGCAGGAGGAAGAGGGAGCUGCUUCUCCCUCGGACCCGGGAUGCUCAUCCUCUCUCAGUUCCUGCUCCGAUCUCAGCCCUGAUGAGUCCCCAGUCUCAGUCUACUCACGGGACCUCCCUGGCAUUGUGGAUGUCCACUCGAAACCCAGCAUCAUCCCUCUGGAACAAGGCUCCCAGCUAGCUUCAGCAGGUCCUGCUGCCUGCUCACCAGAUAGCUUUUGCUGCUCUCCUGAUUCUGGCUCUGGAGCUUCCACCCCACCAGGCCCUGGCCUAGACUCCAACUGCAACGCUCUGACCACCAGUCAGGACCUUCUGUCACCAGGGCUGGAAGAAGAAGAUGAGGGCGGAGAGCAGGAUCUCCCUACCUCCGAGCUCCCAGAAGUGGAUGAUGGCAAAAUCGAUCCUGGGCAAACAGAGCCCAGUUGGAAAAUCAACCCCAUUUGGAAAAUUGACACAGAGAAAACGGAGGCUGGCUGGAAGAUAACUGAGAACAAUAACUCUGGUUGGAAAAUAAAUGAGAAUAUUAACUCCAGCUGGAAAACAGAACCUGGUAAACUUGAUUCCAAUUGGAAAACCAAUGAGGGACUAACUAAUUUUGACUUGAAAACCGAUGCUGGGAAAACUGAUGGGGGGUGGAGAAGUGACGUCAACGAGGAGCCAGUGCCCCACCGGACAAUCACGUCCUUCCAUGAGCUGGCCCAGAAACGCAAGCGGGGCCCAGGGCUGCCCCUCGUGCCGCAGGCUAAGAAGGAUCGUAGCGACUGGCUCAUCGUCUUUUCACCCGAUACCGAGCUGCCCCCUACCGGAUCACUGGGCAGCUCCACGGUGCCUCACCGAGAGGUCACUACCUUCAAAGAACUCAGGUCCAGAAGCCGGGCCCCGCUUCUGCCAGUGCCGCCCCGAGACCCCCCAGCUGGCUGGGCUUUGGUCCCUCCCAAGCCCCCACCCCCACCUGUGCCUCCCCGGAGGAAGAAGAACCGACCAGGGCUGCAAGGGCUGCAGCCCAUAGCUGAGGGGCAGCCCGAGGAAGGUAGAACAGGCAGCCCUGCUGCUGGCGAGGAGGCCCCAGCUGCGAAGGAGACCGAGGAACGCUGCACACAGGCCAGCCUCGAGGCCAGUCCCCUCCUGCUCCCUCGGUCCUUAGUUUUCCGGUUCUCGGCCGACGGGCGCCCCCUGUUGGAGGGUGGGGGCACGGGUGCAGCUGGGUCUCUGUUCUUGGCACCUCUGGCCAGCUGGCCCAGCGCUGGGCUGCGGCUGCUGGGGGCUCCGAGCCCCCAAGAGGAGCAGCUGCUACCUGUCCGCCUGUCCCCAGUGGGAGCCUAUUCGCCUCCGGCUCGGGGGGCCCUGCCCUGCCUGGCCAGCCCUGAACUGGCACUGCUGCUGUCCCCGCUCUUUCCCAGAAGUAGCACCUUCCCCGCCACAGCUCCCCCACCCCGCCAGGUACCCGCCCCCCCGCUGCCACCGCCACCUCGUCCGCCGAAGGCCCCUCGCUGGAUCAGGAGCCCACCGCCUCCGCCCAGGCUACUCCGUAGUUCCUGGUCGUUCGCCGGUGUCCCCGGGGCCCAGCGGCUGUGGAUGGCAGAAGCCCAGAGUGGGACUGGCCAGCUGCAGGAGCAGAAAAAAGGUCUCCUGAUAGCCGUCAGUGCCUCGGUGGAUAAAAUCAUUUCACACUUUGGGGCCGCCCGGAACUUGGUUCAGAAGGCCCAGUUGGGGGAUAGCCGGCUGAGCCCAGAUGUGGGGCACCUGGUGCUGACCACCCUUUGCCCGGCCCUCCACGCCCUGGUGGCCGAUGGGCUGAAGCCUUUCCGGAAGGACCUCAUCACUGGGCAGCGUAGGAGCAGUCCCUGGAGUGUCGUGGAGGCGUCUGUGAAGCCAGGCUCCAGUACCCGUUCCCUGGGCGCUCUGUACAGCCAGAUCAGCCGUCUGGCCCCGCUGAGCAGCAGUCGGAGCCGCUUCCAUGCCUUCAUCCUGGGUCUCCUCAACACUAAGCAAUUGGAACUCUGGUUUUCCAGUCUCCAGGAAGAUGCAGGCCUGCUGUCCCUCCUGUAUCUGCCCACGGGAUUCUUCUCCCUGGCUCGGAGUGGCUGUCCCUCCCUGUCCACGGAGUUGCUGCUCCUGCUGCAGCCAUUGUCGGUGCUCACCUUCCACCUGGACCUGCUCUUUGAGCAUCACCACCACCUACCCCUGGGCCCGUCUACGGCCUCUGCAUCCCCAGAUCCACCUCCAGCCCUGCAGCAGACUAUGCAGGCCCUGCUACACUGGGGGGGCCGGCUGGCCCAGAGCCUUCGGGGCACUUCCGGGGAGGCCCCCCUGGGCCCCACAGACUCCCGAAACCCUCCUACAACAGGCAGUUGGUGGGAGCAGCUGACCCAGGCCUCCCGAGUCUAUACCUCUGGGGGCACUGAGGGCUUUCCCCUUCCCCGGUGGGGACCCAGGCAUCAUGGGACUGCAGCUGAGGGCACACAGGAGAGAUCCCUGCCCACAGAAGCAGCAGCUCCAGGCAGGGGCAUGUGGCUGGGGAGACUGUUUGGAGUUCCUGGAGGUCCCAUGGAAACUGAAAGUGGAACCCUAAAGUCUAGGAGACCAUCCAGCUGGCUGCCCGCCACAGUGAGUGUGUUAGCGCUGGUAAAGCGGGGGACACUUCCUGAGACUCCUUCUCCCGAGGAACUUGACACCUCAUCUCCCCGCUUAGCACAACCCCACAGGGCAGUCCGGGCUCUCUGUGACCACACCGCUGCGAGACCGGACCAGUUGAGCUUCCAGCGUGGGGAGGUGCUGCGUGUCAUCGCCACAGUGGAUGAAGACUGGCUUCGCUGUGGGAGGGAUGGAGCGGAGGGGCUAGUGCCUGUAGGAUAUACCUCCCUUAUUCUGUAG